AUGUAAAAUUACCUCCAUGAAUAGCUUUGUUAGGAACAUUAGGAUCGAAUAGUGGCUGUGGCCUUUAACGAUCAAAAUGGUCUCAGCUAAGGAUUGUGUCUUAAGUGUUGGCCCCAAAGUUGCAAUAAGAAAGUGGUGCUAGUUGAAGACUUGUUAGAUAUGACUAAGAACAUUAAAGAAGAAUACUAACAAAUGGAUACUGAAACAAGAAAGAACAUAAGGACUCUCUAUUAAUUGAUUUAAGAACUAGAAAAACUCAAGGCUUUUAUGAAAUAACAAAUAAAUGAAUCUAUCAAAAAUGUCAAUGACUGGAUAAGGUACGUUUCUGAUCAAGAUCAAUGUGCCAGAACUUCUCUUUCAGUUCUUAAUAUCGAUCUCAACGCAUCACUGCAGAAUGCCUAGUAAUAAGUCUAAGAAUUAUAAAAAGAAAAAGAAAAAUUUCUUUAAUUUAUUUAGCAAAAACUAAAAGAACUCAAAGAUAAUGAUCAUUUUAAUUCUUGUAAUUAAUUACUUACAGACAUCGAUAAAGAAAAGUUAGAUCCCCCUUAAAUCUAAAGUCCUGAAUCCUUAGUUGAUAAAUCAAUGAUUACAUAAAAAAAUUUGUUUUGUUAAUAGCACAAUAACCAAGGUAUUAUUAUGGUAGACUUAAAUAAAAAACCCAAGAUUCCUAAACGAUUGGCAUGUGUUUAUUGUAUCCAAUAUAAUCCUACGUCAUACACAGCUAUUUAGAUUGCUGAAAAGUAAUAUAGGAAAUAAGAAGCCUAAAAAAUUGAAAAUCUCAAAAAACAUUCAAAAAUUUCAUCCAAAAUGUUACUAGUUCUUUAUCCGAAAAAAAAGAGAAGAUUAAAUCAAAAAGCUGAAACCCAUUUAAAUAAUCUUAAUGUCGAUUGGGAAACAUUGAAAUAUGACGAAGUCUCAGAAUUUGCAGAAAAAUUAAGUUAUAAUGGACACGAAGAUUUUUCAAAGUCAUAAAUUUAUUUGGAUUUUCUAAAAAUCAAUUAGGAAGUUAAUAAAAAGAUUAAUGAUGCAUUUACUGAAAUUCAAUGCAUUUAAAAUUCAGGAGAAACUCAAAUUAAAUAAUUGAUGAACAAAGAUUCUUUAAAUUCUCAUGAAGCUUAAACUGAUUUAAAUAGCAAACAUAAUUAAAAAAAAGAAAAUAUCCAGAUAAACAAAACUCAAAAGAUUGCAUAAGUUAAAGAUGCCAAUUCUAAUAAAUAGAAAAAUCAACCAGAAAAUACUCCUACAAAUACUGAUUAAAACAUAGAGGGAAAAAGUAAAAAAAAGAACAGAAGUAAAGAAUAAAAUUCCAAUUAAGAUGCUUAGAAGAGAAAAAUAAGCACAAUCAAUUAAAAAUAAUCUGAAAUUGAAAAACCUAUCAGUAAAGUCUAAAAGAAUUAAAAGAGAACUGAUAUUGAAAAAGUGUUUUCAUUUUUAUUAAAUGAUCGCUCAAUAAAGCAGGAGGAUCCUUGCCGAUCCUUUGCCUUUAAUUCUAAUUGUUCAUAUCUAAUUGCAGCUUGUGACAAAUCUAUUAAACUUUUUUCAUUCAAUACUGAACACUUGAUAUUUCUACAGAGUUUGAACGACCAUCCAAGUAUGAUUGUAUGUUGCACAUUCCUCAAAGGGUAGAAUAGAUUUAUAUCUGGAUGCUUAGAUGGAUCAAUGUUAAUUUGGUCAAAUUGUAAAGAAAACGGAUCAGUAUGGGAAUGCGAAUAAACUUUGAAUGGCCAUACAGAUUAUCUUGGACAUAUUAUACAUGGUAAAGUUGAGAAUAUGAUCAUAUCAUGUAGCAAUGAUAAAACCAUAAGGUUUUGGAAGAAAUCUUAGAAUUGGGAAUUGAAAUAAAUUUUAGAAGGUCACAAUGAAUAUAUAUGUAGUAUUAGUCUAAAUGAAUCAGAAAACAAGUUGAUAUCAGGAGCCUAUGAUGAUUAAAUAUUAAUAAGCGAACCAAAAGGAUAAGAUAAAAAAUGGACUGUAAUACAAUUAAUAAAAGUAGAAUGGGGGAGAAGAUUAUGUUUUAUAACUGAUACUUUAUUUACAUUUUAGCCUUGUAAAAAAUAAUUAAUGCAUGUUUAUGAGUAAAAGGAUUCAACAAUAGGCUUUAUAAAAUCAAGGGAAAUCAGAGUUGAAUCAAAAGGAGAUGAAUGUUUUUGGCUAUUCCCCCAAUAAUUUAGUAAAAAAACGGGGAUUUUAAUAAAUAAGAAUUGCCAUCUCGUAAACAUUAUUAGAUGGAGGAGGAAGAAGAAGUUUUAUACUGAUUAGGUGAUAUUUUUUGGUACAAAGGAAAUUUAUGGGUCAAUGACGGAUGAUGGCGAGUGGUUAGUUACAUGGGAUGACAAAUCCAAGGAAAUCCAAUUAAGACAUUUAGAAAUAAAAUUAUAAGUAUAAGAUUUAUGA